AUGGCGCAAUUGCUGCGAAGCUACAUGAAGCAGGUAGAGAGUUUGCUUCACUUGAUUCGAGCGAGCAGACAGGAAGAGUGGGAACUUCACCUUGGUGCUCUUGAAGAGAAUAUCAAAUUCUAUUUUGCGCAUGAUCUUUACAAAUAUGCUCGUCUCGUACCAGUUUAUCUUGACCAAAUGCAGCGGCUUAAGGACACUGACCAGGAAACCUGGAAGGCACUGGAAUGUGGCGACUUCAUGGCAGCGAAAUGGGGGAUAUCAUUAACAAAACUGUUCGUGGAUCAAACAUUAGAACAGUUAAUCAGAGAACUUAAGGUAGCGGGAGGGAUAACUGGCAUCACACAGAAUGCAGGUGCACUCGAUAGAUUUUUCUUGAUCGCCCCUGAGUUAAUCAAGCCAAUCAAAGAUUUCCACGAUUCUUACUGCACAGAUAGCGACCAACCAGCAACCAAGGAACAAUAUCAGCUGAGUGGCUCAAUGGCAGUUGGAACCGAGAAAAGUAAAGUUUUACUAAACCUCCACGCCUUUAUCGGUGCUGACUGGGGAGGGAAAUUUGCAG